AUGCCUGUGGAAAAUCAUAGCAGUGUGACGGAGUUCGUCCUGACCGGAUUCCCUGGACUUCAUCAGGAGUACUAUGGUCUUGUCUCAGCUCUAUUGUUUUUUGUAUAUUUGAUAACUAUGAUAGCAAAUGUUACAGUUAUUUUUUUAUUUGCAACCAACCGCAGCCUCCAUAAGCCAAUGUAUUAUAUCAUUUUAAAUCUGAGUGUAUGUGAUAUUCUCUUUAGCACAACCACUUUACCUAAGAUCAUAAGCAGAUAUUGGUUUCAGUCAGGAAGCAUUUCAUUUACUGCCUGUUUUAUCCAAAUGUACUUCGUCCAUUAUUUUGGCACAGUUGUUGCAUACAUUCUCUUUCAGAUGGCUUUAGAUAGGUAUUUGGCUAUCUGCCAUCCUCUCAGAUAUUCACGUGUUCUUACAAAAUCUAAUAUUUUAAUUCUUAGUAUUACUGCAUGGAUUGCUGCCAAGGCAUGUCCUUUAAUGUUAGUUAUUAGAGCAUAUCCUCUUCCUUACUGUGCCUCAAACAUAAUCACUCACUGCUUCUGUGACCAUAUUGGUAUAACAGUUCUGGCGUGCACUGACAGGGCCCCUUAUUCCAUUCCUGCUUUAGUAUUUGCAAUGGUUACACUACUGGGGCCUCUGGCAUUUAUCAUUUUCUCAUACUGCUCUAUAAUUAUAGCAGUACGUAAAAUAGCAAAUGUGCAAGGUCGCCUGAAAUCAUUGUCCACUUGUAGUACUCAGCUGAUAAUAAUAUCCCUCUAUUUUUUACCCAGAUGUUUUGUAUAUUUAGCCAGCAAUGUUGGCAUUACAUUUAGUGCUGAUGUGCGAAUAGUGAUCAUCAUGCUGUACAGCCUUGCCCCACCAAUGAUCAAUCCACUCAUAUACUGCUUAAGAGCAAAAGACAUGAGAGAAAGCUUGUUGAAACAUAUCUGCGGAAGAACCGUUCCACGAAAAGCUCAGGUCGCAGUUAUUAAUAUCAUAAAUCACAAAUAA